UCCUUAGCAUUUCAGCACAGUGAUGCUAACGACAAGCUAAAGAUACAGUAGACGUUGUGUCGUAGAUCGUUGUUUGACAACCUACGGGCGUAGAAAUCGUCCUGGCCCGUGCGGGAGACCUCGUUACAUUUUUCUCGUAUUUGUCUGGGAUGUAUGGAUGGAUAGUUGACGGAAUCUCGUCGCUGUUUGAGCCCAUAAAGGGGCAAAACUCCACCGAGUGGUCCGAUAAAAGAAAUACUGGCGAAGAGGAACCCACGCGACCUGGCUUGAAAGCGACAGCACGGUGGCAGGAGAGCCACGGGAGACCAACUAAACGAAACUACGAGAGUGUUCACGUUUCAGAUGGUGUUUGCACGAGCGAUCAGGUAGAGGUGAAAAGGCGUAAGAGAGAUGUAGUAAUCAGCUUUGUGAAGAAAACUCUAUCUGGAGUAGCAGGACUACUAAGGUUGCGGAAACCUCUGACAACUAGGUGUGAGAAUCCAAGGCAGUAUAAAGAAACACAGCCAGUAACUCUAAUGGGCAUAGAUGAGCUCCAUACGUCAUGGCUGAGCAGCUCUGAGUGGAGAAUGGAUAAACCGAUAAGUGGAUUACAUGACAGGAGUGGGAAGAAUCCCUUUCAGAGCUCCUUACCCCCUUUAAUGAGGAAAUACAGUGGUCCUGCGCUCAAUGCAGGGCUCCCAGACAGAGCAAAGGACAGGGAAAGGAGAGGCUCGCUCCAGGUGCUGCCUUCAAGGCCUACUGUCAGGGUGGGAACUACUAAUCCUGAUGCAACAUGCAAUGGCUUUGGAUACAACCGCUGCUAUAAGCCCAGUCUUACUGUGGAGGAGACCAUAAAGCAAAAGAAUAAGGAGCACUAUCGGCGCCUGUUGGAGAUGGUGACGGAAAAAUACAGCAAAAGCCAACCACUACCUUUCAACCAAACAAAACCACAAGAUGAAUUGCUGUCACAGGUUCACAAAACUGCUGCUACAGGAAAAACCUUUGAAUCCGUGUCCAGGAAGCUGGGAUGCACAGCUUCACCAAGUGUGUUUACAUACAGAAGUGCAUCUGCAACUGUAGACAGGUGGAGUGGCUUGACCUUUAGUAAAUCAUUCAGUGGCGCUUCAGGCGACACACAGCCUGUUAGAUGUACAAAGCAUAAACAAGCAGGAGAGUUGGAUCUUUCUACAGAAGUAGCUACUCGUCUCAGUCUAGUAGAUAGAGAUACUCUUGCUGGCAACGUUUCUUACACACAAGCUGCAUAUACACAUCCAAGGCUCAGUGAUGAGGACAUACCCAGGCUGACCAAGGAAAUGGCAGCAGAGGUGAGUGGAGCUCUUGCACAGAGCGAUCCUAACCUUGUUUUAAGUGCUGCUUUCAAACUUCGUAUCACACAACGAGACCUGGCUACUCUACAGGAAGGCGGCUGGCUCAAUGAUGAGGUCAUGAACUUCUACCUUUCCCUAAUCAUGGAACGGUUCUCUGGAGAUGGAGGACAAUUAAAAAUCUACUCCUUCAGCACCUUCUUUUUCCCAAAGCUGCGGGGUGGAGGAGGCGGGCAAGCUGGAGGACAUGCUACUGUGAAGCGCUGGACCAAGGCUGUCGACCUCUUCCUCUUUGACCUCAUUCUGGUCCCUCUGCAUCUCGGCGUCCACUGGGCACUUGCUGUGAUAGAUUUGAAGUCAAAGACAGUAAAAUCAUACGACUCAAUGGGCCAGAGACACGACGACGUCUGUAGUCUAUUACUACUUUACCUUAAAGAGGAGCACAGAACAAAGAAAGGCAAAGAACUUGACAGUGGUAAAUGGACUGUUGGAAGCUUAAAGGCUGGAGAAAUUCCUCAGCAGAAAAAUGGGAGCGACUGCGGUGUUUUUGCCUGUAAAUAUGCCGACUAUAUUGCAAAAGGAAGGCCUCUAACCUUUAAACAGUGCCACAUGCCAUUCUUCAGAAAGUUAAUGAUGUGGGAAAUCCUCAAUCAGAAACUGCUAUAGAAGAUUGCUGUAACAAGGAUGUUUUUAGUGGGAGCAACACUGACUACAUGUGCAUCUCACAUUAAUUAAUGGGCCAAAGACGUGGACUUUACUGACUGGAAUUUAACCCAGAGCUAGAGAAAUUAAACGCCUUUAAAUAUUAGUUGUGUCCUUGUUGUAGGGGACAUAUUAACAAUGUGUAAUCUCUGAGUUGUAAUUGGAGACAUUAUUGGACUUUACUGUGUGCAUGGGCAUGUAUGUGUGUGUUUGUACUUAUGGGGAGAGCCAAAAAGUGUAUUUUAAUUAUCUGUAAAAAGCGCCUGAUCAGAGGUCUGAUUGUGUUGCUCCGUCCUCCCAGCAGUGAGCUGACCGACCUUUAUUCUAACGACAAUGAAGCAAACAAAUGUUUGAAAUAAAUGUGUACAAAAAAUAAAAAUAAAAAAAAAACAUUUGAUCUCAAAUCAGUGUCU